CUAUAUCGCGUUGCAAAGUUAAUUCUCCGGUAGAUCAAAAAAAAUGUUCCAAAUGCAACAUCAAAUAGGAAAUACAAAAUUAUUAAAGUUAUUUAUGGACAAUUGUUCACGUGUUUUCGUUCGGCUUAUUUACUUGCAGUUAUUAUAUAAGACAAUCAGUGAAAAGUAACAGUGAAAUGAAAUGAGUUCACUGAUUCGGUUGUGCCAUUGACUGUUGUGCGGUGUAUGUUAUUCCUUUGGAUGAUCAGGAUUGGCGACCUAGAAAGAAUAACCCAUUUUCGUCAAAACAGGAUUGGAAUCCGUCAAAGGAUUAUUUAUGGAACAAUAAAAGGCUUUCAUCGGUCUCUGCUAAACUGAUCAAAUCUGGAACAAAGAAAAAGGAAGAUUAUGUGAUUAGAAGAAGAGGGCAAAAGUGAUCUCAAAUGGCGGCAAAAAUUCAAAUAUAUUUACAAUAAACUUGAAAUUUAUCACUAUCAAGCUGACAUUUUGAUUUAUGUCAGAACAUUUUUCGUUCCAUGGAAUGUCUAUGUUCCAAUCAGUCUUUGCCCUUAGUGCUGACUAUGGGAAAUAUUCAGGUGGCGCGAUUUAGAUGUUGUACAGUCUAUGCAUGAAAUAGAGUAUACACGUAUUUAUAUACAUAUUCUUCCUAUUAUAUUAUUGAACUUAUAAUUGUUUACACGGAAGUCUUUUAUAAACACAAUCAAUAAUUACAGUUUUUAAAUAUAUUGCUUUUUAAAUUAAAAAGUUGUAGUGAAAUAAACAAAUAAAUUAUUAAUAUUACGUUAAAACUAUACAUAAUUGUAUCAUAAAGUGUAACGAGUUGUUAAUAAAAGUAUAGUGCAAUAAAAUAUAAACAAUUAUAUUGAAUUUUUAUUAGUGUGAUUUAGUUAGUGGAUGCAUUUAUUUAACUACAUAAAUGAUAGGUACAAAAUAAAAAGAGUUAGACAUCACAAAAACUCUUAUUUGCAUUAGUAUUGCUGAAUAUGCAGGUGUUUUAUGAACAAAUAUCAAUAUUUUUAAUAUUGUAAUAAUACGCUUAUAUCGUCCCCUUUUUUGUAAUUUAAACAUGUUUUCAGUGAUACUAAAUUUGCGAAAAGUUUUAAAAGAUGUUACAGUUGAAUACAUCGAUGUGGAUUUUACACUUUGGUUGUCAUGGCUUUUAAUGCCAUUGUUAAUAACAUUUUUACUUCCCCUUCUAAUUGUGGUAUUGUUAUAUUUAACUGCAUUAAUAUUAUAUGUAUAUAAGUUACACAGAGUUAGGCUAAGAAAUGCAUAUGGAACUGAUUGGAGGAAUGCAGCUAGAAAUGUAGUAGCUGCUGUUUGGGAUGCACAUGGUUGGAUUUGGUAUGGAUACGAAGUAGUUGGAUUAGAAAAUAUACCGGAAAAUGAACCAGUGCUUUUUGUAUAUUAUCAUGGAGCUAUUCCUAUAGAUCUUUAUUAUUUUAUAUCCAAAGUAUUACUUCUGAAUUCAAAACUAAUUCAUACAGUAGCAGAUAGAUUUCUUUUUAAAUGUCCUGGAUGGUCUAUAAUUUCUGAUGUAUUGAAAGUCAUACCUGGUACUGUACAAACAUGUUCUGCUAUUUUAAAAGAAGGAAACAUGCUUGCUAUUUCACCUGGAGGUGUGUACGAAGCUCAAUUUGGAGAUUCUUAUUAUCAUCUACUGUGGAAAAAAAGAGUUGGUUUUGCAAAAGCUGCACUGGAUGCCAAAGUGAAUCUAGUUUUGUGCAACCGAAAAUACGUAAUCAUGGGCGUGGAUGUGAAAGUUCUUUCUCUUGGAGAUGGUCAAACUUACCCAAAAACUGGACAAACUGUAGUUGUUCAUUAUACAGCUUUGAUAAGGUCUACGCGUGACAAGGUUGUAACCUGUUAUGUCGCUUCCUGGGCCAUUUACAGACCACAAAAUGGCAAAUUUGGAAUCGAUGAUCUCAACCCGAAUCUUUGUACGCAUCUUGUAUAUGCAUUCGCCGGAUUGAACGACACAACUUGGACUAUUAGGAGUCUUGAUCCUUAUAUGGAUAUUGAGAAUGGUAUCGGCAAUUACAAAAAGAUGACUCAACUUCGCCACAAGUAUCCCGAUUUAAAUGUCCUUCUUGCUAUCGGUGGUUGGAAUGAAGGUAGUAAAAAUUAUUCCGAGCUCGCUUCGUCUCCCGAGCGAAGAAGCAGAUUUAUCGACAGCGUGGUGUAUUACCUGAGGAAGUAUGACUUCAACGGAUUCGAUCUGGACUGGGAGUUUCCUGGUUCACGUGGAGGAGUUCCAGCGGAUAAAGAAAACUUCGUUUCUCUCGUAAAAGAACUCAAAGAAGCGUUUCAAAAAUCAAACUAUUUAUUAACGGCAGCUAUAACUGCCAACAAAGGCACCAUCGACACAGCAUAUAAUAUUCCUGAACUUUCGCUCUAUCUUGAUCACAUUCAUGUAAUGGCUUACGACUAUCACGGGACGUGGGAUAAUAAAGUGCUUCCGAAUUCGCCACUGGAUAGUGUGAAAGAUACAAUGAACUACCUAUUAAAUAAAGGUGCGCCUGCUAAUAAACUAGUGCUUGGUUUGCCUAUGUAUGGAAGGACCUUUAUACUGGCCAGCAAAUUAAAUUCUUCUGAUGAAAGUCCUAUCGGUCAGCGAAGUCUAUCGGAAGGAUUUAAUGGUUCUUAUACUGGUCAAAAUGGCUUCAUGGGAUACAACGAAAUUUGCGAAGAAUUAGUUACUUCAAAUAAUUGGAGAAUUGGAUGGGAUGAUAGCAGCAAUACGCCUUAUGCGAUCAAAGAUGAUUAUGUUAUCGUGUACGAUAAUCCAAGAAGUCUUAAAGCAAAGGUUGAAUACGCGAAGAGUUUAAAUCUGGCUGGAGUUAUGGUUUGGAGUAUCGAUACUGACGACUUUAAAGGAAAAUGUGCAUCGCUAAAGGAUUCGUUAGAACAAGAAAACCCCACUUAUCCUUUAAUGAGAUCUAUAAAUGUAGCUCUUUAUUCAGAUUCAAACAAGUCCAAAUUACCAACACCAUCGCCAACACCAUCUACCGCUGAAAGGUGUUCCUAUAGUGUUAUAUUAAUGUUAAUUUCGUUUUUUGUGUAUCAUAUUUGAAGAUGAAUUAUAAUGAAUAAAAAACAUACAAAAAAUUCGUUAGUUUUUUUGCGUUCAAGGAUAUACUCAAGUGCUAACUUUAGGGAAAACAGCGGCCAAGGGGAAGGAAUCUGACGUAGCGUUUAAGCAUUGACAUGUGUUAUGCCUAAUUCCUAAAAAUCCAUAAAUAAUGACAUUUUUUUACAUAAAUACUUCAUUUUCAAAGCAAGCUGGUUCAUUUCGUAGCUGUACUUUCGAAAACCUCCAUGCUCCAAAUUGACUGAUAUUUUGAGAAUAGGUUUCGUUUUAAUAAAAGUAAUGAUUCCAAAAAGGAUUUUUUACGAUAAAAAUUUUUUUGUCAUUUGGAUGUUCUUUCCUACUUUACCGACGCAAUUAUACCGGCAAGAAUAAUUGAGGCAGAUUUGAAAACGGUUCUGAUGUUAUGAAGUCUGCUAUGUUCAAUUGUUUUUUAAAAGAUAUAUCUAGAAUCUAGAAUAUUAGAAUUACAAUAUUUAAACUUACUUAGUUCAGUUCAAUGUGCUACUUUGCUAGUAAGUUUAUUGUAUAAAGUGAAUUACAUUAAUUUAUAUUUUCUUACAAAGCUAAUGAGUGACCAUGAAAGAGCGCUGGAAUAACUGCAAGAGUUAAAUUUAAUUCCUAGGGAAAAGUAAUGUGCAAAAAGUAAAAGAAAGAUACUUUACGUUAAUACAACACAAAGAUUAGACAAUUUUCGAUGUUACAAAUCUGGAAAAUAUGACCACAGUAUUACAGUUUUAUACAUAUAGUACAUUGCAGAUACUACUUUUAUUAUUUAUCUUAUUUUGAAAGCAUGCUUGUAUUAUAGAUGCUAUUGUUUAUCUUAUAUGAAAUUAUUAUGCAAAUAUUUUGAUAGGUUCGAGCAUUAUCAUUUAAGUGCACAAAGUUGCAUAAUAAUAACUAAUGCUUUUGCACGGCGAUUUUCAGAUAAUCAGACUCAUUAUGAAUGUUCUAUCAUUGAAAACGAAACAGUUU